UCGAGGAUGAAUCUGGCAACACAUCGGCUAUUUCUGACGACGAAGUGCCCAUGAGCAAGUGCAUGGAGUUUUCGACCGAUGCCGAACACAAUCUCACAUGUUGUGUACUGAUGUUAGAUAUCUGUUGCGCCAGAUGGAGCUUCAGGAAAUUGAGAUGCAUUCGGGCAUUUACACGACCGUGGCCGACAACGUUUGCCGUUUGCUAAAGUGCAUGGUAACAGCUGCUAAUGUGGGCAUGGGCAAUCACAGCUGCCGGCUGAUGGAUUGCGCAUACUGCGAAACUUCUGUCAUGUGGCAUCAGCUUUCGACCAAGCUGGUUCAAUAUCUAGCACCGGUAAAUCCUGUUAACCCGCCCGAUCCUCCGAUGCAGAUGGUGAUAGAUGAUGAAAAAACGCGCAAGAGCCCACCAGAAUGGAAAAGGAAGCUAUCAAACGAACGUGACAUGUCUCUUUCGAUGGCGCCUUUACACAUACCGCUUGGGCCAUUAGUCAUUAUAAUGGCAGGUCCAGUACCGGUAGCAGUUCCACAGCCGGAACCUCACUCGAUCAUGACCGCCACGGUGGAAACAGUCUCGGAACAAUUAGACCUGGCUGCAAUAAUACCUUCGGAAAAGGUGGUACCGGCGGUGGCACGAUCUGUUACGUUGUCCGAAGCCGACGUCGCUACUGCUACGGUGCAGAUUGCGAAACCGAAUGUGAUUGGCGAAAGCAGCUCUGAAGGUGGCGGCCUUGAUUCGGAAAAUCUAGACGGAUCCCAUCCAUUCGAUGGAGACGAGGAGUUUUGGCACACAUCGGUUGGAAAAUUCAAGUUUUCCAUCGACGCUCUGCCUCAGUCUUUACAGUUCAUCUAUCAACUGUUGAAGGAAAUCCCAAACAUCGACAAAGCUGAUAUACUAUACUACGUACUGCAAUGCCUGAACGUGAUGGUCCUGCAUGGCGAUGCUUUCGUAAAGGCCGCUCGAGAUAAUCGGGGAUUCUUCAUUUGGUGUCAAGAGAAUAUGCUAAUCAAAAACUUGUGGGACCUGUGCACCGCUGCUCAGUCGCACAUUUGCCAAGUAACUGUGCCAACUUUGCUGCACUGCAUCACGCUUCCAAUGGGAUCAGAUGUAUUUUGGAAAGUAAUCCAGGAAGCAUUUCAUGACGCCGAUUGGAGAGUUCGGUUUGAGGCGGUAGAGCGUGUUACUGUGAUCACUCGAUUCAUGGACAGCACUCCUCUUCGGGCCGAGGUCAGCCUACAAACAUCGCUAGCCACUGCGUUUUGCCAUCUAAUUGCGGCGUGCGAUGAUAUCAACGUGCACGUGGCUCAACGUGCAACCUUAUACCUUGGAACCAUCCACGAUUAUGCCAUCCAAGCACUGCUGUAUUGUCUUGAAAGUCAGUUUGACAAGUUCAUCGUAGACCGGCCUGUGGUGUUGCAAUCGAUCUAUCAGCUACACAAUUCGCUAUCCGACCGCAAGGUACUCACGUGGGAUUUUUUCUUAAACCGCUUUGAUACGCUAUUUGUGGAGGCGCAAGUAAACCUGGAACGGGCGGGAGACAUUUCGUAUUUACGCGAUCUGCGAAACAGUGAAAAUGGGAGCGAGAUCCUUUCAAUGAAGAUAAACAAGGCCCGGGAAGCGUUGAGUCAGUCCGACACGACCGGAAGCAUGUCAAAAACGCUAAGCGCUUCCUUUGGUACUAAAUGGCCCUACAAGCGCACGAUGUCCGCGCCAGCAACAAUAAUACCGCGUCAGGAAUCAAAAAUCGAAAAAGAAAAAGUGUACAGCCGCCAAGUGUCUGCACCGAUUUUGAAGAGGAAAAGCUCUCGUUUUGGGCUAGAUGGACACGUUCAUUCGAUCAGCGGUCAGAAUGAAGAUUUUCACAUGGGAAGCCUGUAUCGAGUGAUCGAUCUAGAAGAAGCGGACAAGGAAACGAUCCACCUGCUUGUCUUCCUUCUGAUGCAGUUCAUGUCUCGGCCUGAUCUGGCUUAUCCCACGGAUGAGAAACCACUGUUCAAAAUUCAGUCCAUCGUGCUCCGGCACCUGUAUCUUCUUUUGGGCUACAAUCAGGGGGAAAAGUUCUUCCAUGUGUCGCCUGCCCGCCUGCGCUGCUCAUCCGUAUUCAAUGCAUUUAUGGCCAAUCUCCCGCAGGUGCUUGAUCAGAACCAUCAAAUGGGUUGGCUGCUACUGCCAACCGUUAUCCAGCUGCUGCUCUACGCUCCGAAUCAGGCAAACGGAGGCUUCCUGCCGCCAGGAACGGCUAGCGGAGCAGAUCAAAAUCACCACAAUAAUGUCGUAACGUACAAUUUUUCCAUCUGGUAUCUAGAGCCGCAUGUGCGACGGAACUGGCUGAUGUCGUUACUGGUCAUUUUGUACAAGUACCAGUAUAAUCAGGCUUCCAUGGCCGAUCAGGUGCAGAAUUUGAUUCGUCUUGUUAUCAAUUCGCUGGAUGCACAGUUUCACAAAUGUCGACGUAUUCCGACAACCAUCAUUAUGGAUUAUUCUGCGACACGCUUACGCAAUCAAAGUCAACCUUCGCUCGGCGCCACCUCGGAGCUGGGAGAUGAAAAACGGACAACAAACGAUAGCAGCCCACCGUACAGCCCGCUGCAAACUGCGACACUUUCAAUGUAUGGAUGUGAGGAAUCGUCCAAAUGUCGCUCAUCCAGAGGUAAGAGUGCUGGUGGUAGCAAGGCACGCAAGCAUGCUGAGGUCGAUGGAGACGACACAGAAUCGGAGCUGGUCGUCAUACCGGAGAGCGAUGUGAGCGACAGCACAAUUCAGGAGAGCAGUGUUCAGGGAUCGCUAGAGGAUACGGCUAGCAAUGACGACGAUUCCAAUGUAUUAAAACUUGAUACGGCAGGAAAGAUGAAGGAAGGUCUCGCUAGUCUUAGUCGAACAAACUUGUCCAUAAUUUGCGGAGCUCCAAAAAUUGCCCCAGUGGCACAUACAUCGCUGCCGACAAAAUCGAAAAAAUCUCAGCAACCUACUUUGUCGCUUGAACAAACAGAUGCGGCAGGUAGCAGUAAUGCUAACAGUAAGGAUACCGAGGGAAAGGGUCCCACUGGUAAUAAGACGGAAAAACCGGAGAAAACAAGCAGCAAUAUUUUCCGUAUGCCGUCAGCCUUUCAAAUGAACUCUCAAAAAUGUUCCGUUCAGGAGGGCGUUCGUAUGAUGGUUACAUCAUCUAUGCUAGGCCAACCGAAAGCACAAGCAAUUUUAAAUCCCUUUGCUAAUGUGCAGAAAGCAAUCGUCGUUACACAAAGCACCACCAGCAGCGGUAGCAGUGUACCGAAUGGAGCAAAGGAUGUACCCUCAAAAACAAGCCAAUCGUGUGCUAAACAAGAUGAAUCUCUAGGUUGCAGGAAGACAACAAACACAACGAACACAAAGUUGGAUUCUGAACAAACGAGCCGGGCACCUGGUACAGAUCCUCACACAUUCAAGUUAUCUUGCGAACGAUCCAGUGCUACAUGUGUACAACCAACGGAUAUUAAUGAGCGCAACUCUCCGGUGUAUGAUCCUCUAGCAGAAGCCACUAAAACAUCAAGCUGCCCUGUUUCCGCUAUUCCCGCUGGAUUAGGUAAAAGCUACCUACAACAAAUACCAAUUCCAACGCCGGAACGAUUGCUACCAAUCGGGCAGUAUGCAACAGAGAGCGUAAGCACUAUUGUGGAAAGAGUACGGGAAGGAUUGGCGAUUCCAGAAGGAACGAGCUCCAAUGAAACCACUGAUGAUCGAUCCGAUAGUGCUGCCAGCUGUUGUCACACACGAGAUAUAUCGUCGUCAUCUCCAAGAAAGCUAACGAAGCAGAGUGCCCUAGAAUCUCCACCCCAGGCCCUGGAUAAUGAGAAUGGGCCUGCAGGAACUAGUAUUAGCAAUCCUUAUGCUUCGCACGGUUUGCCAGAAAGAGAAUUAAUGACAUCGGAUGGCAUUAAUAAAGAGAUCCAACCACCUCAGAAAUAUUCUAAAAGAACAAAAGUGUUUAGUGACGGUUCGAAGGACACACGUGUAAAGUAUGCUGGCUCCUGGGCUCCUGACACUAAGGAUGAUGGAUCAGAAAUUGAUGAUCCUGAGAGCUCAUCUUGUCCGGAAAAAUCAAGUAGCCUGCGGAUUGGUGAUGAGUGUAUCUGUCACCGCUGUACAGAGUGUGGAGCGGUGAAAGAGGAGUAUACAGAUGAAGAAAUGGGCAUAAUGUUAAUCGUGCUUGGUACCUUCAUCCACCGGGAACCUUCUCUAGGAGCACCGUUCUUACCGGAAAUACUAACUAUCGUCUCAAGAAUUUCUUUACACCCGACAUUUCCAUGGCGUUGUGAAAGCUUAACUCAUUUGCCAGGUGGUUCACAAUCAGUUGCACACCAGUUCAUUCGAUGUGUUCUGCAUCAGCUUGCUCCUAAUGGCGUAUUUUAUCAAGUUUUUUUAACCCAGAAAGAUGAAACAACUCGUAAGCGAUUCUAUCGAAGUGUGUCCAACAGUUUGAACGAUUUCUCCGAGCUGAACCCAACAAGCCCAAUACAAAUGCUUGCCGAAACGCUGAAUGCAAAGAAAACACUCCCAACGGAUCUAUUGCCCGUGAUCUUCCGCAAUCUAGCCGAGUAUUUACAGUGUGUUCCGAUUGACUGUAUAGCAGGCAGCGUAUGGUUACCAGUGAUACAAGCUCUGGACAGUUUGCUUCGUCGGGUUAUAUUGAUACUAGGUAGCAUCAGUGGUUCCGAGCAUCUGCUUGACAUAAUCGUAGCCGUACUAAAAGUACCCCAACUGUCUAAGAGCAUUUUGGAACCAUUUUCUAAAAUCGUAAGCUACGCCAUACAAAAUCUUCAAUUGACGCAGAGAGUACUCGUUGAAAUUUGCAGCUUGAGUGGACGAGCUUUUGCCAAAGAGCGUGAUAAGCUGUACCUUGGACGGCAAAUCGUUUUUGAUCUAGUGCAAGCACUCAAGUUCAAAAUCAAUGUACCGGAUAACAAUCUGCUGCUUUUGGUAGGAUUUUUACUACAAGACGCUGGUGGAAUUCUGCCAACAGGUAUUAUUGGAGACAUUUCUACCGGCGAAUCGUUUGUUCAUGCGAACUGCAAUAUUUCUGAAUGCAUGAGACAACCCUAUCUUAACGAUAUUCUAGAGUUCUUGGCCGAUUUUCAUACACUGAGUAAAAUUAAGAAUUUGAAAGCGUCAAGCACCACCCCUGGCUUGUGCGAAGACACAAUAGGUGGGGUACUAAAGGGUGCAAUCGCACAGUAUCUUGCACUUGAGAUGUCGCGUGGCAAUUCAAAGGAUAGCCGAACCGUUUCAAAAUAUCUACCAUGGUUGAAUAAUGCACCAUCAUCUUUACAACAAGGUCCAAAAGAAUUCACAGAGUGCGUUGGUCACAUGCGUUUGCUCUCCUGGCUACUGAUGGGUUCACUAACGCACACAGCAUUGAUCGUGCGCCGUAUAGGGGCUGGUACAACAGCACCGCAUCAAACUCACUUGCGGAACAGUGCCCUCAUUAUCCAACCCGUGCCACAAGAAGCCAGUUGUCAUAUUGCCGAUCAUGUGCAAGUAAUUUUUGCUGGAUUUGCAGAACAGUCAAAGACGUCCGUGCUACACAUGUCGUCAUUGUUUCAUGCUUUUACUUUGUGCCAAUUGUGGACGGUUUAUCUUGAGCAAGUGGCAAGUUUGGCAGCAAUUUCAUCGGAAGCAUAUAAUACCACUCUUAGUGUUCUAUUUGAAUUUUGGGCGAAAGUCACUCCAUGCAUCUUGCAACUAGUGUCGCACUCAAAGGUAAACGAAUAUUAAUCAAUGAAAAAACACUUUAAUCAACUACCUUGCUCCUAUCUCUCCUAUAUACAGCUUUCAGAGAGCGUAAACCUUCAUUUCUUGGGUCUUCUGGAAUCGCUGAAGGAAACUAGAUCCACGAUACUGGCGAAAUUGCUGCCGCUUUGGACACCGGUACUUUCGUCUAACACGCAACUGUCCGGUACGCUGCACGUGCGCUUGCAAAACUGUCGCGAUGCCGUUCCUAAUAUUGAGGAACAGGAUUUCCACGCAUCGGAAGCUCUACUGAAAUGGCUACAGCGUCUUCAGUUCAAAAUGGGCCAAAUAGAACUGCAAUCAUCUACGGCCACUCAAUUCUAUUCCAUUUAAGGGCAUUUUGUUAGUUUGUUUGUAUUCAUCUCUUGCUUGCCUAAUGGUAGACUUAUGUUCCCACAUAAGCAAAUAGUCAGUUUAUGCGAUAUCCGUAUCCGGGAGGGAAUCGAUCCAUCUCCGUACUAAUAUAAUGUGUUUAUAAUUGUGUUGCCAAUUAAACCACUAAUAAUUCACGAAUGUGUCUAUAAUUUGAACAGGCCAGCUUGGAUAUGUUUGUUAUUUUUCACUUCGAUAGAGUGCUACCAUUCUAAUGAUAUUCUACCGUAACAGUACGCAUUGCAGAUAUUACAAAAUGUUAAUCUUAAACUUAGACAGAAAUUUUGAAACGGAAAAGCGGUGUUGAAAAUAUACACAUUAGCAUGAAUGUCUAUGUCGCGUGAUUGGAAAAUUGGUAGUAAACCAAUGUCGAUAUUGUGCAACUUGCAAACGAUAUUAACAAAUAAAAAAUGUGCUGAUGAAAGUUUACAAAUGCUUACCAUUAAACU